AUGGAUACCUCACAUUCUUUACUAAGCUUAACCAAACAGCCACUAGGCCUUGAGAACAAUUGCACAAACUGUGAUAACCACGGUGAAAAGGAACAAGAAAGACGGCAAACAAAUAGUGAGGAACACCGGGGUGAAGAAGAACCAUACUGUAAUGGUACUGUAGUUGGUGAAUCAACACAACUGUCAUUAGGCGACGAUAGUCUUCAGGAGGAGAAUAUGCCGCUUCUCUCACCUGCAUUUUCAUUACAUUCAUCUUUGCAAUCCCCUUCCUCACCGGGAAUUUGUCUUCCGGAUGUUCUCCGAACGGAUAUUCCCAUUUCUAAUAAUCAACAUCAUCAUCAUCAUCAUCAUCAUCAUCAUCAUGAUAAUAAUAAUAAUAAUAAUAAUAAUAGUGGAUCUCUAAAAGAGCAAGGGAAUGAGGAACGUUCGCAUAAACAACAAGGUCGGGUUUCACUAAGUGCUCUUCGUUCUAUUUGUGAUCGUAUGGGUCAAAUCCUAGAACGUCAAGAAGAGUCCUUUCGUGAAAUAGAUCUCUGUAUGCAGAAAACUUCUCUUUCUUCUUCUUUAAACAGAGAAGACUCCUAUGAUAGAAGACACUUUUCUACAUCACGAGAAGCCUCUCAUACCUCUUUUCAAUUGGAACUCUUUCAAGCAGUCUCAGAAUCGAGAAAACAAACAACAGGAAUUGGAGGAGUUGGAGGGGAAUUAUUAUCCGCAACUGAUACUUUAUCAGCGGCCUGUUCUUCUCCACAGGCUCAAUCGGUUACAUUGUGUCGUCAGACAUCUAUGGUUCCUGUUUCCUCACAUGAGAUGACACCUGAAGAAGAACAACGGGUUUUGGAAAACUUACAGAAGCAACAGGAACAAGAACAACAAGAACAACAAGAACAACAAAAACAACAACAAAAACAAGAAAAAGAAAAACUGGAACGAGAAGAAGCUGCACAAUUGCGACCCAUUGCAGGGGAGUCUUCUGAUUAUAGUGAAGUUGUAUUAUUACAAACAGCGGUGAGUAGUUCCACAUUAGAGGCUCUAUUCUCACCGUGUUUAUCUAUUUCUCCAAUGGCUUCUCCAAUGGGAACGGCGAGUAUUGUGGUUCCCUUCACCGCCUCUGCUACUCGAGGAGAGAGUGUGACGAGUGUGUCUGUUUCUCCUCUCUCACGGCCACUUUCCGCGUGGUUUGAAAGUCCACACUCUGCCUAUCUUCAACGUCGAGAACCAUACAAUUCAUUAGGAACCCCAACACAAAAUUCCAGUAUUACACCUUGUCAACAAUCAUUUAAUGGUGUUCCUCCAUAUGGAUCUAUGAUACAACCACGUGGAUCAUCUUCUGUAUCGUCGCCGACUAAACAUGUAAUGGAUGGAUCUUUGCCUGGAUAUGGAUGGAGUAGUUCUGGAUUAUUUGAAUUAAGCUUUAAUCGAAAUUCAAGGUUUUCUCAGCCAGGAUCUCCACGAGCUAUACAACAACAAUACCAAAAUUGGUUUCAACAACAACAGCAACAGCAACAACAACAGCAGCAACAGCAACAACAACAACAACAUCAACUUUUCUCACAAGGACGUGAUGGAAGUAGUACGAGUGAUGCUGUAGUGGUACAUUCUUCUAGUGCUGAAUCCACUGGUGUUAGUUUAAUGGAAAAUUCAGCACUUCAACUCGAAUGGGAGGUUGAACAGAGUGCUGGGGAUGUCACUGUACCCGGAGGAGACGCAACGAGAGUAAUAGAAGCUGGAGAAAAAGGUGAAGAGAAAGAGGAGAUAAGAGAGAGGAUAGGAGCUGGUCUUGCUUCUUUGGAAAGUAAUGCGAACACCAAUAAUAAUAAUAAUAAUAAUAACACCACCACCACCCUUACUGCUACUACUAAUACGAAUGAUAAUAAUAGUAAUGAUAGUUCGAUGAGACCAGUUGUGGAUACUGCUAAGCCUACACCUACACUUAGUCCUACGGUUGAUCGUGUACCGCCUGUUCAUAUCAUGCGACGUCCACCAACUGUACCACGGAAAAACAUUCAACCAGCCAAAUCCUUUACACUCUCUGGUGAAUCAUCCUUAUCAUCAUUACAGCAAUCCUUAUCCCCAAGAGAUGAUUUAUUUCGUACAAUGAAUGAUGAAUAUGAUGAUUUUUAUAAUAACGAUAAUUAUAGUGAAGAUGAUGAUGAUGAUGAGUAUGAAGAGGAUGGUGAUGGGGCUGCAGCUUAUUAUCCACAUCAUCGCCAACGUUUAUUUGUUCCCUCCCCAUUACGUUGGAGGAGUUCACGUAGACAUGGUUCACGAGCGGCAGGACGUCGACAUAAAAGAGGUGUGGAUCCCUCGUGGGAUCUCUCAUCUCGAUUGAAGGAGUUGGAACAAAUUCGAGUUUGUAAUCAUGAGGCACUAGAAGAACGGGAACAACAACAACAACACAUGGAGGGACCAUCAGAAGGGGAAUCCUUUACCGUAUUGGAUAUGAAGUCUGUGGGAGUGAGAGAAGGAGAAGGAAGAGAAGAAGAUGAGGAUGAUCUUCACAGCGAUGAGCAUUAUGAGAAAUAUCAAAGUGAUAGCCAUGAAGUAAGACGUCGACGUCAAAUGGUGAGUGAUGUUUCUCAUGUGAAGAUGCAAGAAAAGGAGUUGAGGAGUUUAUAUGGAUUGUAUAGUAUGGAUAGUUUAAGUACCAAUCAUAAGGAUGACAAUAAUGAGAAAACUACAGACGAACAAGAGGAAGAUGAAGAUGAAAAGCAACAACAACAACAACAACAACAACAAGGAGAAGAAGAAGAGGAACAUGAUAUGGAUAAAAUAAAGAAUAUAGACAAUAAUGAAAGUAGUAGUAAAAGUCAUACUGUUGCUUCAUCCACAACGUUUUCACAAUCAAAUCAUGGUGUGAAAAGAGAGAAAGAAAACAGUAUUGCUCCAUUAAAUGCAUCCAUAGCAUCUUAUGCGCAUUCCAACGGGAGUAAUGUUAGUAAAAGUAAUCCUCUUGAUAAUGAGGAAGAAGAAGAAGAAGAAGAGGAACAAGAGAAGGAGAAAGAGGAAAAGGAGAAGGAAGAGGAAGAGGAGAAGGAUGAUGGAAAAGAGUUGAGUGUCAAUCCAAAUAAUGAGGAAGGGAUUUCUCUAUUCUCCUCUGUUCCUCCUCUGAGGAGUAAAGAUGUCAAGAACUAUUACAAGUUUAAAAGACUACAGAAAGAAGUCAAUCGAUUUAAUAAUGAUAAUAAUAAUGACUACGAGGAUGAAGUUACUAGUCAUACUAGUAACAAUAGUAGUAGUAUUAGUAGUAGUAGUAAUAAUAGUAGUGAUAGUGGUAGUGAUAGUAAUGAUGAUAGUAGUCAAGAAGGCAGUGGACAUGGAAGACGAAAGACUCGUAUACGAACUCCAAGCACAUCUUCUCCACGUUUAUUAUUAAAACGUACACCACGAUCAACUAUUAUGCCUCAACCACAACGUGCAAAUCUCGCUUCAUGGGUACGUAAUCUUACUCUUCAUCAUCGUCAUCAUUCCAAUUCCACUACGGCCGCAGUUAAUAAGACUACUACUACUACUACUACUACUACUAAUACUAAUACUAAUACUAAUACUACUGGGUCUAAUACUGGAAAUGAAACCACGGUGAAAGAUACACUUAGUAAUAUAUUAUUACUAGGUAGUUUGUAUAAUAAACGUAAGGCGGCUGUACAGAAGAAGAAGGAGGAGGAUGGUGAUGAAAAGGAAAAUGAUUUGCAACGUCGUACACGACGUCGACAACUUCUUGGUAAGAAACCACGUACAAGAAGUAAUCAUAAUCGUAAUCAUAGUAAUCAUAAUAAUAAUAAUAAUCAUCAUCAACAUCAACAUCAACAUAAUAAUAAUAAUAGUCAUCACAACAGGAAUGGAACAGGUGGUCUUCUCUCUACACCUACACGGUCUACUAUUAGUGGAUCCUCACCACCACCACCGCCACUCUCCACAACUACAGCCACUACAACUCCUAAUAAUUUGGGAAUAACUACAAAUGAGAUAACAACAACAGUAGUAGUAGGAGGAAUAGGAAUAGGAAUAGGAGGAGGAACAGAAGGAGGAGGAUUACCAGCUCCACUUACAUUACCGCCUAGUGAUAGAUUAGUUUCAAAUGAAUACAAACGAACAGAUGAAUCGGAUGUACAUACAACUCCCAUACAAACACAUUUGGCUGUCACUGGUAAUCUUCCCUCAACUCCUCUCACGGAGAGAACACUCACAAAUAAUAGUCAACCCAUUUAUGCACAUGAGACGGGGCAAAAGAAAGUGAUUUACCGUUCACCCCGUACACGAGGUAAUGUGAGACGUUCCCCAUCACCCACUACUGGUGUGGGAAAGAAGGGAGAAUAUCAUCGUAUCGUAUCUCAUACUCUCUCUUCUGGAAAUAAUACACAUCCUACUACUACUACUACUACGACUACACCUAAUACACUUACAUCCUCUCGAAUGGUACGGCAAACAACAGCUGUUGUUGGUGCUUCCACAUUAAUUCCCCAACAGGCUCCAUAUAUACGAAUAUCAUCUUCUUCACUACAAGAGACUCGUGCACGUGCGGUGGUGACAUUUCCAGAGGUUUCGGAAGAUGUUUUGGGUGAUACCAUCAAUAGUAAUAUUACAACUACCGGCACUAGAAGCAGCAGUGGCAGCAAUAAUAAUAAUAAUAAUAAUAAUAAUAAUAAUAAUAAUAAUAAUAAUAAUAAUAAUAAUAAUAAUAAUAAUAAUAAUAAUAAUAAUAAUAAUAGUGAUAGUGCUAGCAAAAGGACCCGAAGGCAAAAUCGGGAAUUGGAUGAUUCAAAUAAACGACGCGCCUCUAAAUCCCCAACCUUUAAACGUCAACGUACGGCUGUAGUCCUUCUCGAUUCCGAACCAGAAAAAAAAGAAAUCCCACGAUCUAAAUAUACACGAAAACAACGAAAUAUACCAGCAGGGAGUUUAUUCCAGAGAACAAUGACGUACUCGCCAGGAUCCCCCGCCACUUCUUACGGCUUUGCACACAUUUCAGAGGCGACGAUGUCUGAAAUUAUUCCCCCACCGCCUCCCACAAUCACAGCGGGUAUGACUUUACAUUCUCUUAUAUCUCCUCUAAGAGGACGGCGGAAAUAUCCCACGCAGAAUACGAAUAAUGCUACUACUACUACCAAUACUAUUAAUAAUAAUCAUAAUCAUAAUCAUAGUAAUCAUAAUCAUAUUAAUAAUAAUAAUAGUAGUAGUAAAUCGAGAAAGAAAAGUGCUGUUCGAGCGCGUAGUGCUGGUGCUGUCGUUUCCAAUUCUAAUACUACUACUGCCGCUGCUGCAAACAAUACAGUAGCAGCAAAGUUAAUGAAGGCGAGGCAAUCACUCUUAUGA